GGAGGAGAGGAGAGGAUCGCAGGGAGGAGAGGAGAGGAGAGGAGAGGAGAGGAUCGCACGCAGGGAGGGGAGACGCGGCUUUCUUGCAGCCAGACGCGCCGCUCGCUCUGUGUCGGGGGGCAGGCGACGGACCCCUCCAGGGCUGAUCUCGGGUUCAGUGGCUGGGACCCCAAACCAAUCGGGACCCCCGGCGGCUGCGGGAAGCGAGGGAGAGAGAAGGUGAGAGAACGGCUCUUGCUUUCCCUCCUUAGCUCCUCCCAUCAGCCCCUCCCCCACCACACCGAUGGCAACUCCUCCCGCAGACACGGGGCCGCCCCCUGAGGAACAGACUUUUCCGGAGCCCGCCGAUCCCGGGGCCCCUGCUGCCGUGGUGGUGACGGUGGAGGAGCCGGAAGCCGCGCAGGAACCCACCGGAUCCCAAGAGGAAUCCCCUGAGGCCGUCCAAUCAAAACACUCAUUUCUCAAUGACCUGUCAUCCCAGCCGGCCACCAACGGAGGACCCCGGGCCCCUAGCCUGACUGGCUCCGAGGGCCAAUUGGCGCAAGCUGCUUCUAAGUCUCCACGGCCCAGCCUGUGCCGGCAAGAGUCCACUGCCACCACCUCCGGGGCUGCCCAGGAGAAGCCCAAGGACUACCUUCUCAUUGCGAUAUUGUCGUGUUUCUGCCCCAUGUGGCCGGUGAACAUCGUGGGCUUCGUCUACUCCGUCAUGUCCCGGAACAGCCUGCAGCAGGGGGACGUGGACGGGGCGCUGAGACUGGGCCGUGUGGCCAAAUUACUGAGCAUCGUGGCGCUGGUCGGCGGCGUCCUCAUCAUCAUCGCGUCCUGCGUCAUCAACUUCGGGGGAAUCUUGUGAGCCGCCGGACCCGAAACUCAUCGCAAAUUCUUCACAUUCCCACCGACACCAGCCGGAGACCCGAGAGACCUCGUGUGAGCGAGCCUGUGCCCUCGGGGGAGUGUGAGUGCUCCCUCGGGG